UGGGUGUCUGUCUGGUCCUCGCUCCUUUCUUUGGGUCCCGCAUCCGGUCUUCACAGGUACCGGAGCUCCUGGGCUGGCCUCCUGAGAGACCUCUCCGAGCCGCCCGCCGCCCCCUGCCCGCCUUCCCGAAGCCCGCUGCCCCACAAGAAUGCAUUACCUAGUGCCGCGGUCACAGUCGCCGUCACAGGCACCCUCAACCCCACCCCCGGCCUGCCCGCGGUCCCCCUCGCCCUCCCUCACCCACACCUGCCCAGCUCCCCCGGGCCGCAGAUGCGGAUGAAGGCGGAAUUCCACGCCCCGCAAAGGCCCGCCAGCUCUGGGGAGGAGAAGACGCGGUCCGGUGCCGCUCCCAAGCUGAUGUCCCAGAUUGUGCCUUUUUAGCCAAGACACAUGGAGGUCAUUCACCGCAGGCCCUACUGUUGCAGGGAGCUGGAAGGAGCUGACAUACUGUCAGACACCCUCUACUCUAAUGAACUGCACACUCCGCUACAAACAGCUAUUCGCCCAACUGCCUCAGAGGACAGGUAUCAAGAAUUGAGGGAGUCGCUCCAACAAUGUACGCUUCCGUGGGGCGCUGACAGGGAAUAUGGCGGGAUGAUACCCAUUUCGCUCCCUGAGGAACACAGGCCAAAACAUGAACCUCCUCGUGUCAUGGGCAAGGGACAUCAGCACUAUGGAUUUGGGGGAGCGAUCUGGCCCAGGUUUGUUCAACUACAUCUCAGCAAGAUCUGCUCCCCAUAUCCGAUUGAACACCCCUACCACACACACAUCUCCCGCGGUGCCAUGUUCCCGGCCUUCACAUCACCUAAGGACCACUACACCGGCAUUAAAGCCCGCAGCCAGCAGCCGUUUCCUCCCACUGUGCCAACGAAGGCUUAUGACACCACCGUUCUGAAGACAAGAGGUAAUCCUUACAGAUUCGAACUGCUUGAUUUUCCCUCGGAUUCAAAGAAGAAUGCCUUGACUUGGCCAGGUCAGGGUGUAUAUUAUGAUUUUCCUAAGUGUGCUGAGAAAAACAAGCCAGUAUUCUACCCAAAACCUCCUAAAACCUUCGCUCCUAACACUUCUUUAAAUUCAUGGGAUCCUGUGAGCUCUUUAAAAGAAGCCAACAUACAAAGAAAUCUUGAGAGAUCCCACUGGCUCACAUCAUACACUCAUGAUUUUACAGGUCUGGGGCCCAUGAACCCCCUUGAACUGGAUGAUUACCAUGAAAAGGAGGUAGCGGAGUUAGCUGCACAGAUAGGAUUUGAUCCAGAGCCUCAAGAAAAAUUCCAUCCUGUCUUCAAACCCCCCAGACCUUUUGAAGGACGAAUUGCCCGACUGAUUCACAAUCGACGACCUCUGGAGGCAGCUGUCCAGCAAAGACCACCUUCCUGUCCGGACUGUACCCCUAGAGUUUUAUGUAACUUUCAUACCUUUGUACCUAGUUCUACAGAAAUGAUGGCACUCAGCAAUCACACACCAGUUGGCAUGACCAGUAAGCACCAGGAAAUUGAGGACAAGAUUAAGGAAGAACAAAGCUUGUUAUCUAUUUAUGCACACCCACCUUGUCACCCAACGAAAGAUCUGACUAACAUUUAUGACAUAAAACCAUUUCCAAAAAUCACAGAUACUAAAAAGACAGAUGAUUUGUACUGGAGACAGCUGUCAUUAAAACCCCAGCCUGUACCUUACUGCAAUCCAAACAAUUACAUUCAAUAUGAACAGUUUAAAUCUGCCUUAAAUGACCAGUACCCUAUGUGUCAAAACCCUUUUAGCCUUAGUAAGCCUCGUAUUUUACAAAAUAAACUGGACUCGGAAGCUUUCAAUCUGGAACAUUUUUUAAGUAAGCCAGAAGAACAGUUGAACUUGACCAUGGAAAACGAUGAAGACACCAGAUCUCUUCUGGGUUGGAUUCCUCGAGUUGGAGUGGCCAAGCCUCAGACAGACCUGCUGGAGCUUAAGAACUCUUUUUCAAAAACUGGUGCACAAAAACGUUUCCAUAAAUCAAUUCUAGAAGACCAUAAAGACCUCAGGGAUAAUGUGCAUUCAGGGAUGAAACACCAAUUCUUUGGCCAUAAUUCCUAUUAUUUCUAUAAUUGAGAUAUUCAUCCUUCCCUUCAAAACCCAGCCUCUUGCAAGAAAAGAAAAAAAUAUAACAGCAUUUCUUCCUUGUUGCUGGAUUCUGUUUUAUAGAGGAGCCAUGAUGACCUUGUUAAUGAGGUUUGUGUUUUCAGGAAUUUAAGUUAGGAUCCAGUUAAGAGGAACCCACAAAAGGUGAUGUUCUGACUUCUUGAACAGUUUGGCAAUAAAAUAUUACAACCAGAAAAAUGUACAGUCUUUAAUCUCAUUUUCAAAUUAUAUUCCAAGGAAUUUUCCACAAUCAUGAAAAACAAUGUGUAUGAUAAAGUUUACAUUAUUAGAAAUGAGUAUUUGAAAAAACUCAAAUGCCCUAUAAUUGACAGAUAUCUAUACAAACUGUAGUACCUUAAUAAAAUAAAUAUGUGAACACUGUCCCUUUAUGUAAAUGUUUAUAUAAAAUAACAUUAGGUAAAAAAGACAAAACUCAAAUGCCCAGUUAAUUGAGGAUGGACAGCUCUACAAACUACAUUACGUUAAUAAAAUAAAAUUGUGGGUCUUGUUCUUUUAUGUAAAUAAGUGGACAAAGUAAGUCAGUAGAAAAGAUGAAACCCAAAAUGCUCUGUAUGCAUGCAUUCUAAGCUGGAUAUUUCUCUUCCUUUAAUCUUAUGGUAGAUAAACAUAACCAUUUCUUUUAUGCAGAAAAAAGUGAUUGUAUUGUGUAGAUCUAGCAAUGGCUUUAAUUAGUAACUGGUGAGUUCUAAUUGUGGCAAGAAAGGAUGGUAUCUUAGUCCAUCUGGCCUGCUGUUACAAAGUACCACGUACUAGGUGGCUUAUAAACAACAAACUUUUAUUUCUCACAGUUCUGAAGGCUGGGAAGGCCAAGGUCAUGGCACCAGCAGAUUUGGUGUCUUGUGCGAGUCCACUCCCUCAUGGACAGCUGUCUUCUCACUGUAACCUCACAUGACGGCAGGGGUGAGGGAUCUCUCUGGGGCCUCCUUUGGAAGGAAGGGCUCUGCCUCACCUUCCUAAAUAACUUUGGGGGUUAGGAUUUCAACAUACGAAUUUUAGGGGACACAAACAUUUAGACCCUAGCAGAUGGCUUGAUAUCAAUUAUUCUAAAGCCAAAUCACCAUUUUUUGGAAGGUAUCCACUAGAAUUUAACUGACCCCAGAUGCAGGUAAACCCAUUUAAUUUUAAACAAGUUUAUCAUGGAAAGUUCAUAAGGAAUUUCUAGGAGGCUUUUGUUGAGGUUUCUUCUAAUUUUUGUUUUUGUUUCAUAACUAACAUGUCAUUUGGUUACACCCUCUUUAAAGCUAUUCUGGGCUAAAAUUGUGGAAUUUUUUCCCAAACACUAUUCUAUAGCACUAGUGAUAUUAGGUAUUAUGGGUAUUAUAGAUAUUAUAUUAGGUAUUAUUCCCAAGUACAAGGACUCUGUGAUGUGCCUUAUACAGAAAAUGGUUAUUAGAUUUGCUUCAAUUCAGGCAUAAGUUCUUAGACUUGACAUCAAAAUGUGAUCCAUAAAAAAAAAUUGAUAAAUUUGCCUUCAUCAAAAUUUAAAACUUUGGCUAUGCAAAGGUCCUGUUAAGAGAAUAAAGAACUACGCUAUAUACUGGGAGGAAAUAUUUUGCAAACCACAUAUCUAACAAAGGAAGGGCUAAUAUCUAGAAUAUAUAAACAACUCUAAAUUUCAACAGUAGACUAACAAACAACCCAAUUAGAAAAUUGGGCAAAAAACAUUAAAAAAAAUAUCUCACCAAAGAGGAUAUACAUAUGGC